CUUGGAACAAGGCGGGGGAGGUGUGUGGAUGUGGUGUAAUGAAGGCAACGCCGGGAUGGAGAUGUUUGGGGGCAAGCAGCCUACAGGUCCCGACCCUCCAGCAGCAAGAGAAUCAAUUGAAGGAAGGAGGAAGAAGUUCCAGGAUUUGGGUACUGCCCUUUCUGGGAAUAUCCUUCAUUGGAGACUGAGAUAAUUUGAACAGAAAUUUAGAGCUGAUCCAGAAGACGCAAAGACAGAGCAUCCCAGUUGCUGAUCAUUUCCCAAAAACAAAAGAAAAUGAUGAAGACACAGGUAUCACUGGAAUUCAACGAUGUGGCUGUGGAGUUCGCCUGGGAGGAGUGGCAGCUCCUGGACCCUGCUCAGAAGGACCUGUACAGGGAAGUGAUGUUGGAGAACUUUCAUAACCUCGUGUCUGUGGGGUGUCAAGUCGGCAAACCAGAUGUGCUCUUCAGGUUGGAACGAGAACCACCAUGGAGUUUAGAAGACGAAAUCCAUAGUCAAAACUUUUCAGAAAUCCAGGAAGUUAGUGAUCAUCUGCUGGGGAACAUUCAAAAUGAAAGCAGGGUGAAUAGAAUGGAACAAUGCCAUGAAGAUAAUGCAUUUGAAACUAUUAUUCAUUGGCACAAAAGUCAUUUUGCUUUAAGGCAAAAUCAUAGUAUGUUUGACUUACGUGGAAAAACUGUGAAAUCAAUUUUAACAUUAAUAAACCAGAGCAGAAAAUAUGGAAUAAAGAACUCUGCUAAGUUUAAUAGAGAUGAGAAAAUAUUUCUAUAUGCGAACCAUGAGCAAUUUCAUACUGAAUUUAAAUUCUGUCGAAAAUCAAAAACCAUGAAGUCCCAAGUCAUUAAGCACCAGAAAUCUCACAAGAUAGACAAACCGCAUGUAUGUAGUGAAUGUGGGAAAGCCUUUUUCUGGAAGUCUGUGCUCAUGAAUCAUGAGAUGAUUCAUACAGGUAAGAAACCUCAUAGAUGCAGUCCAUGUGGGAAAGCCUUCUCUAAAAAGUACAUGCUCACUGAACAUCAAAGAGCUCACACAGUAGAAAAACCUUAUAAAAGCACAGAAUGUGAAAAGGCAUUUACCAUGAAAUCAGACCUCAAUAUGCAUCAGAAAAUUCAUACAGUAGAGAAACCCCAUAGAUGCAGUCUAUGUGGGAAAACCUUCUCCCGAAAGUUCAUGCUCACUAACCAUCAGAAAGCUCACACAGGAGAAAAACCUUAUGAAUGCACAGAAUGUGGCAAAUCAUUUAUCACAAAAUCAGGACUCAAUAUGCAUCAGAAAACUCAUACUGUAGAGAAACCCUGUAUAUGCAGUGAAUGUGGAAAAUGCUUCAGCCGUGAGUUAAGUCUUAUUGCUCAUCAGCGAAUUCAUAGACAGUCGUCCUAUGAAGGCACAGACUAUGACACAGUUCUUCUUAAGAAAUCAGUGCUCAAUAUACAUCAGAAAAUGCAUAAAGUAGAGAAAUGCUUUCAAUGCAUUGAAUGUGGGAAAGCCUUCAACCAAAAGAAACAACUAAAUUUACAUGAAAGAAUUCAUACAAGGAAGAGACCCUAUGUCUGCAACGUGUGUGGACAAAAAUUUGCCUCCAUGCUUGAUCGUUUUAAUCAUAAAUUAAUACACACAGGCGAGAAACGUGUAGAUUCAGACAAGGUGGAAGACCCUUCUGCAGUGAGUCACAGCUCAUCACAUACCAGUGAUCUCAUGCAUGAUAAAAACCCUGUUAAUACAAUGACUAUACAAAUGCCUUUUGUGGCAUCUCAGUCUUCAUUAAACAGCAAUGGACUCCUAACAAAUAGGAACAUAGUCCUUGUGGGACAGCCCAUUGCCAGAUGUGAACCCUCAGGCACUAACAGAGAAUUUGUACAGGAGAGAAACCUUGCUAAUUCAGUGAAUGUGGUAGUGCCUUCAGUGAUCAAUUAUGUCUUAUUUUAUGUCGCAGAAAAUGUUACCCUCCAGCGAAUCUAGUCAAAGCAUACAUUAUCUACUUUAGAUGAAAUAGACACAGAGUAAUUGCUAUAAGGAGUUUAGUUAGAUUUUUAGGAGUUAGAAAGUCCUAACAACUUUUUAUGAUAAUUUCUUCUUGAAAAACCAGUUGCUAUCCAAUUGAAUCCAACUUACGGUGAUCCCAUG